AUGCCUUCUCCCGAAAUCAUCAAAGCCCGGGCCUGCAAAGGAGAGUUUGGGAAAGACCUCUUCAACUCCUGGGUUGGUCCCUCGGUCGCAGGAAGACUCAGAACUUCCUCGACAUUGUCUGCGGUGUCGCUCAUCGAGUCCUGUAUCAGCAUCCUACAGUCGGAUUAUCAGAAGCGGAGCUGGCGCGACUAUGCUGACAAACAGAUAGGUGUCGAGGAUAGGAUGGCUCUGCGGGACGACGAGGCAGCCCCUACCUUAAAUUUGAAUCGUGUAUUUGAUAUGUCUGCCCGUUGGGGCGCGUCCGCCCUCGUUCCCGAUUUCCAUCUUCUCCCCUCAGGGGAUAUGAUGUAUUGGGCGUUCUGUUAUUUCUAUAUUGGUGGCUUGCUCCGCGUAUACUGUGUUGCUGUAGCCUCAACAUGGACUCGUACCAAGUUGCUGGAGUAG